UGGUUGCCAUGUCAGCAGGCCACGUCAGCAGUACACGGCAUUGGUAAGUAGCCACGUCAGCAGGCCACAACGGCAGGACACGUCAGUGCAUGGUGCUCACCUGCUCAAAGACAAGCGGCAUGCAGCAGCAGCCAGGCGAGACUACCGAGGCCUAUGAUGCCCGCAUGCUGGACAUGGUAGCCGAGUACAAGCAACGGGCAGCUGCGGCAACGCCCGCACGUAAGAAGGAAGACGAUGAAGCAGAGGAACAGCGUCGACUCGCUGAACAGCAGCGACAGGCGGACGCUGAGGCAGCAGCUACGGCCGCAGAUGAACGCCGUCGACUACGCCGAGACAAACUCCUCGGAUGCGAGGGGGAUAUCGAGGUGAUCGCCGGCGAAUGGGCAGUGGCUGCUGAAGAGGAGGGUGCCCCCUCUGCUGUGCGUGGCCUUGCAACCACAAUCGAACAUGUGAGCGACUUGGUCGCCACCUGUGCAGCACAGCAAGAGGACAUCCUCUGCAUGGACACCCUGGUCCGGAAGCAGAUUCGCGUUAUCGAUGAAUUGCUUGACCGGGUACAUCGGCUGGAACAGCAGCUUGCAACAGCCACCCCCGCCGCACCCUCCAACUUGGCGGAUCGCAUCAACGUCUUGGAGAUCGACGUCGAGACUCUCAAGGACGGCACCAUAACGACAAAUCAGCGGAUUGACCAGCAGAUUUGCGCUGCCGCAACCAGUCCUACCGCGACCACUCGUGAGAGCAUUCCCAAGUUUGACGGCCUCCCGAUCUUCUGCGAUGCAACGAAGACGGACCCGAUCCCUUGGUGGCGUCAGUUUGAGCUGAAGUUGGACAUUCACCACGUCAUCAAUCCGAACCGACACUCGUACUUGUACUCCCGUUCGGGAGGUGCGUGCCAGGCAUGGCUGGACAACAUGUUGUCGAUGCACAACGUCGCAGUCUCCGAGCUGCAUACGAAGAUCAGCUGGGCUGAUCUCAAGGCAGCAUGGCAUAAGCGGUUCCAAGUGGAGCCGCCCGAGCUUCAGGCAGCCGAGAAACUUCAACGGUUCUAUCAGAACGACCUGCCAAGCACGGACUGGAUCACCGAGUACCAACGCUUGGCAUCCACGCCUAACUUGCCGUCGACAUUCGUCACUAUCAAGCACGUCUUCAUCAGAAGGAGCUGCCCGGCGUUGCAGAACGCCUUAACGCAAGUUACGGAGACGCUCACCACAAGUGAGCAGCUUUUUGACAAAGCCUCGCAGAUCAUCCUGACGAACAUUGAGGCCAAGAAUUUGGGCCAUUCGUCUGCUGCAGGCCAGGGCAGAGGACAGCAUCGGCCGAAAGUGGCAGUGGUCGCAGCAACUACAGCGACCAACAUUUCAAACGAGACCGCCUCUUCUGAGGAAGGAGACAGAUUGGCAGCCGCCCGGGAUGGUGCCCGCCCCGCCAGAGGGCGAGGACGCGGCAAACCGAAGACACACACCACUUCAGCCCCCGGGGCCGGACCAGCGGCUCAAGAGCCUUGGACACAUUACGGUAUCUCGGAAGGCGUGUACCGCAUCCGUUCUAAGUACCGAUAUUGCUUAUGGUGCAAGAGCGCGGUGCACGACACCGCAACGUGCCCCACACCGGUCCAAGCCAAAUGCCCUUCGGGAAAGCGAGCACCGUCGAGAGUGAUGCGACUGCACUCUCGACGCCUCCGAAAUCGGUUGCUUCGCGAGCGACCUCUCUUCAUUCCGAGGCACAUGCGGAAGUCGACAGUCCUCUCUUGUAUUCUUAUGAGGACUAUGAUGCCCGGCUCGUUCUUUCGCUGGGUUCUCAAGCUCAAGGACAAGAUGUGUGUGCGGCUUCUUCUCCGUCCGGCAACAGCAACAAUAGAUCGUCUUCAAGUGGCUCUUCAAGGGAUUCGACGCACGAGUUCAACAUAGAGGUCUUGGACCCGUUGACGUCCGAGGACUUUGCAUGGCUUCCUCUCCCUUCCACAGGCUGCUUGCCGUGACCGCAAUGCGCAGCACUAUGC